AAUAGCAAUGCCUGGUGACAUGUUAGGAUUCAGAAAUACCAAUAGUUCACACUGGAUAAUUAUUUCUAAUCCAAGAAAUCAUUCACCAAUCUGCCUGGCAUAGAUAACACUGGUGUCUUGUUGUUUGUUGGGGUGUUUUUAAAAUAAAGUCAGGUUUAUGCAACCAUGACUCUGAUUAUUAAUUGAUUAGAAAGAAUUAUUUAUGCAAGUUAGACUAGAAGUGAAAUGGGGAUGCUGCAUGUCUGGGGAGCAUUUCAGGAGCCUGAAUGCCUAUUUUUCAGCCACUGUGAUUUAUUGUGUGACAUAUGGUUGAAGGAGAAGGGAGGUGGAGCUGCUGGAAUUUGGGCCCUGUGAGCCUGGCCAAACUCCAUCCCAUAGAUCUCCAACAGGGAAGGCUGCUCUGCCUACAUGACUAGGACCAGCAGAGUGCACACAGCUAUCCUUGCUGGGAUGCCUUCAUCUGGAUCAGUUCCAAGAAAUCUUUCUGGGGUUUUUCCUUUCCUUUGGGUUGGGGUUUUUUUUGGGUUUUUUUUCCCCAGCAGUAUUUCAGGAAGAUGUUUCCCAGCAAAUAGGUUUACAGAAACAUAUUUGGAACAAAAAACAUAUUAAGAAAAUUACUGGGCUAAGCAUAAACUUUGCAGUUUGUGACCCUGAGAUUAAUCUUACCACAAGUGUUUUGUCAAAGGGGGUGGCACAUGGGCUUUGUCCUCUUCAACCAACUAGCCCAACCUGAAUGCUGACAAAAAUCAAAUACUAAAAACAGAGGGAUCCACCAGAAAAUACAUUCUCGGUCACUAUAACCAGACCAAAGACAGAGAAAAGAUGGCAAACUCAUCAACUUAAUUGCCUGCUGUCAAUUUCCUCCUGGUUUUCUGUGCUGCUGCCUACAUCUUACCCAGCUUUUGAUCUCAGCUUAUUCUGUUUUCUCCUUCCUUCCCAUCUUCCUUGGUGGGACACCUGGGAUGUCCCUGUGUCUCCUCCUGCUCAAGCUCCAAGUCCCGCUUGUCAUGUGCCUGCACAGGAGCUGUGAUGACAGUGACCUACACCAACCGCGUGGCAGAUGCCCGCCUGGGCACCUUCUCCCAGCUCCUGCUCCAGUGGAAGGGCAGCAUCUACAAACUGCUCUACUCCGAGUUCCUGAUCUUCAUCUCUCUCUACUUCACCAUCAGCCUUGUCUACAGGCUGAUCCUGAGUGAGAGCCAAAGGCUGAUGUUUGAGAAGCUGGCGCUGUACUGCAACAGCUACGCUGAGCUAAUCCCCGUGUCCUUCGUGCUGGGUUUCUACGUGGCCCUGGUGGUGUCCCGCUGGUGGGCCCAGUACGAGAGCAUCCCAUGGCCAGACCGGAUCAUGAACCUGGUGUCCUGCAAUGUGGAUGGGGAGGACGAGUACGGGAGGCUCCUGCGCCGCACCCUGAUGCGCUACAGCAACCUGGUCAGCGUGCUGAUCCUGCGCUCCGUCAGCACCGCCGUCUACAAGCGCUUCCCCAGCAUGGAGCACGUCGUGAGGGCAGGCCUCAUGACACCAGAAGAGCACAAGAAGUUUGAGAGCUUGAAUUCCCCCCACAACAAGUUUUGGAUCCCGUGUGUGUGGUUCUCCAACCUGGCUGUGAAGGCCAGGAAUGACGGCAGGAUCCGGGACAGCGUGCUGCUCCAAGGCAUCCUGAAUGAGCUCAACACCUUGCGCAGCCAGUGUGGGAAACUCUAUGGAUAUGACUGGAUCAGCAUCCCUCUGGUCUACACCCAGGUGGUGACUGUGGCCGUUUACAGCUUCUUCCUGGCCUGUCUGAUUGGGAGGCAAUUCCUGGAUCCAGAGAAAGCAUACCCAGGCCAUGAGCUGGAUCUCUUUGUGCCCGUCUUUACAUUUUUGCAAUUCUUCUUCUAUGCUGGCUGGUUAAAGGUGGCUGAGCAGCUCAUCAACCCUUUUGGGGAGGACGACGAUGACUUUGAAGCCAACUGGCUCAUUGACAGAAACCUGCAGGUCUCCCUCAUGGCAGUGGAUGAGAUGCACCAGGAUUUACCCAUUCUGGAGAAGGACCUCUACUGGAACGAGCCCGAUCCCCAGCCACCCUACACCGCAGCCACUGCUGAGUAUAAGCGCCCAUCCUUCCUGGGCUCCACUUUUGACAUCAGCAUGCAGAAGGAAGAGAUGGAGUUCCAGCCCCUGGAGCAGAUUAAAGAGAACGAGGAGGCCAACCACUCCACUCCCUUGCUGGGACACCUGGGCCGCCUCCUGGGUGUCCAGUCCCCAAACUUCUCCAGGUCCUCUUCCCGGAUGAACCUGCUGCGCCGGCGAGGAGAUCCCGCGUCGCCCUUCUCCCAUUAUACCUACCAGGACAUGGGGAAGGUCGGAAGUCCUUGUGGCAUCAAUCAGCCAAGAGGAGACUCCCAGGAGCAGUGGGACAGCGAAGAGGGAAAACUAAGGGAGUUUGACGCUUUCAUGUCCACCCCCUUUUACGAGAGGCCUGGGUUCUACAGCGCUCCGCAGACGCCCAUCAGCUCCAUCCCCAUGAUUUUCCCUUCCCGGCGCCAAGGGCGCAAGAAGCCACCGGCACUCUCCAGCAUCGCUGCGUGCUCCACUUCCCUUCGGGAUGUCAUUGUCAACGCCUCCCCUUCGAGGGCCAGUGAUGUGGACAAGAGCCAGAGCUCCCUGGGCUCUGCUGCAAAGGAAACCUUUGUUUGGCCAACAGAGCGGAGCAAAGGUCCUGACUCCGUGGCUGUGACAGUAGAAGAAGGAAAGAGCAGCUCCAGGGAAGCAGCCACCACGGGAAGUCCAGGAGCACAGUCCACAGCGUCCAACAGCCCCAAAUUCCCCUUCCUACCAGAGACCCCUGAGCAUGAGAAACACAGCAGCUUCAAAAGCCUGAAGAGCUCCAAAGCCUCACGCCCACCCUGGCUAAACCUGGAGAGCACGGCCUCAGCCACUCCCAGUUCUGAGCAUUCCAGUGCCUUUCACACCCCCAGUAACAAAACCCCCGGAGGCAGCACCUCCCUCUGCUUCUCCUUCACUCCUGUCACCUCUCCAGCCCUGGAAAGGUCCCACAAAGGCAACCUGGGCCCUGAGGCUUGCAGCCUCAGUUUGGAAGAUGCAGCCAGUGCUCCAGAGCAGCACCCAGAGGUUUCCAGGAACAUGAGAGACACUGGGAAUGGAAACACCAACCCCUCAGCUCCUAAAGAGCCCAGGAGAGCAGAAAGUCCAUCCCCCAAUGACUCUGGAAUCUCCCUAGCUGAGGGUGACUACGUGGGGCUGAUGGAGGUGAUCCUGGAGGCCAGUGAAAGCCCAGGGGAGGAGCAGAUAGACCAGUAUAGCUAAAGGGGAAUCCAUGGGAUACCUGCCUUA